AUGAGCGGGUGCGCCACGGGUUUGGACGACAUGUUUGGAAGGAAGUUGAAGCGCUUCAGCAACAACAUGACGUUCAACAUGACGAUGGAGUUCUUGCGCUACCAUUUUGGUGAUCGCGAUCUUUCCAGCCCCCGCAUUAUGCUGCUUCUAGACGACUUUAGCGGCCACUGGGUCGAUGGUGUCGAUGAGUAUGCUAGAUCGCUCAACAUCCUCCUGGAGAAGGUGCCUCCUGGUCUGACCUGGUUAAGCCAACCGGCUGAUGAUGAGUUUGCUGUACACGCGGGCUCGGAGACGUUCAAGAUGAAAGCCCCCCAACGCUGCACGAUAAUGGAGUGGGUGGUUCGCGCGUGGGAGGGCUUACCACGGACGACAAUUGCCGCUGGCUUUCGCAGAUGCGCGCACACCAAUGCGGCCGGAGAUCCUGCAGGCGAAGAGCUUGACGAAGACCCGGAGCUUCAGCCCCUCAUCAACAACGUAGUAGAGCAGCCAGAAGCGCUAGAUGCAUUUCGCGUUAUUGACUGGGAGGACAUCAUUGACAGCGCUGUCGUUUAA